UUCAAGUUGCGUUUGUAUUAACACAAAAUAUUUUUGUAAAGUGUGAUUUAUUUAGAUGUAUUUUCUAACUUCACUCCGCACCAAAAAUAGCAGAAAAUUUUGUUAGAAGAAUUGUUUCUGUUACCAUUACUAAAUGAUCUAAGUUUGGAUGGGUAAGAAACGUAGCGGGAAACUGUAAAUUAAAGGAAAGAUUGGAAUAAUAUGAAUUUAAAUAAAAUUUUAACAGACCAGGUCUGCAGAAUAUGACAUAAAAGUAUGGCUGGAAUAUGUUUAUAUUUUUUGGGACGGAAAUUCACGCAGGACAAAAUCUACGUCUUUAAUAUUCAAAUAUUCAGGCAGUACUAUACUAUCGAUAGUAUAAGUUUAGAUUAUCUGUAGUAUCAAUCGGCAUCACCCACCACAACACUAUUUCUGUCAUUUCUGUAAUUCUAUUUCUAUAGGUACCUACCUAGUGGCUUGGGUUAUCGUAGGUGUACCUACCUAGCUACGUAGGUAUUUUGCGGCGUUUACUUGUAUUUCCCUCCAUUUAAUAUAAAACUUGCAAUAUUGUGUAUUUUCCUAAAUUUAAUAUGCGGAAAAUAUCAAAGAGUCGUACAGAGGACGAUGUGGUAUCGUCAACAAAUGGAUCUGUUGUUAAUGAAGAACCCGUUGAUACAACAAAUGAACCCACGCUAAACGAUUCUGAAGAAAAGGAGAUGUCAGAAGAUGUCGAAGCUGAUCGAAGUAGCCUUACUCACUCUGAUAUUGCUCCUAAAAAAAACUCUCAAAAAGGUAAAUCGAAAAAAAAGAAGUCCAAAGUAGAGAAAGAAGAUGAUGUCGAGGAAGAAUAUGAGGUGGACAAAGUUGUUGAUUCAAAGAAGAUAAAAGGAAAACUGCAUUACUUGAUACGCUGGAAGGGUUAUUCAGCUGACAGUGAUACUUGGGAGCCAGAGAAUACACUUUCCUGUCCAGAGUUAAUAAGUAAAUUCCAUGAUGAGAAAGAAAAUUCAAAGAAUAAGGAAAGUAAGUCAUCUAAGAAAAAGAAUCUUAAGAGAAAAUCUACAAAAAAAGAAACUAAAACAAGUAAGAGACCUAAAACAAACUGGGAUAGUGAGAAGGCCGAUGAAAAUGCAGAAUAUGAAGUUGAUCGAAUUUUAGAAGUUCACCACAAGAAAAAUGGCAAUAGGGAAUUUCUUAUCCAUUGGAAAGGUUGGUCAAGCAAAUUUGAUUCCUGGGAACCAGAGAAUCAUCUAAAUUGUCCUGAUCUAAUAAAAAAGUUUAUGGAGAAGGUUGGUGCUGCACGAGCAACUGAAACAAGGAACUUAAGGGUGGCUCCAGAAACUACUAAUCGUUUCACUCUACAAGCUCCAUCUUCAGGACGAAGGUUGAGCAAAAGAUGUGGUCAACGCCAACGUGUUCGCUACGACAAUGCAGAAUGAAUAUGAAUGAAAGCAGUCUACAUUAAGAAGUGACAUUCAUAUGAAUGUACCAAAAAUAAUAAUUCUAUAAUUUAGUAAUAAUUAUAUAUUAUGAAAAUGGUUUGAUUGCUGUACGAGCCUGUACGAGAUACGUCAGAUAAACAUAUAAUAUAAGAAAGCUCUAGUUAGAUAAUAUUGUGUGAGUAGAUUAAUCUUAAAGCUUUCAAAGUCACAGUCUAUUAUAUGUGUGAAUUCUACAAAAAAAAUGUACAAAAGGUGUGGCUCGCAAUAUUACAUUAUCUACCUGUCAACCAUUAGACAAAACAGAGAUAGCAAGUCGAUAAAGUGCAAAUAAACAAAUUAUAAUUAUGAGGUAAAAUGCAUUGAGCACAAAUAAAUAAUUCUUCGUCAUGAACACAACAUUUUCAUGUAAUACUUUACCAUGGAAAAUUCAUUAAACACACCAUCAUGUACGUAUAGAGCGUCACGACCAAAAGCGUAGCGGACAAAUUUUAAAAGCGUCGGGGAACGAGAGCCAAGUUGGACCCAAAGAAAGUUUGCUUUUGUUCAUCACUAUUUAAAAUUGGUUCCAAAUUUCUAUUUUUCGAUUGCUAUAUUAUGCAACUUGUAUUGAAUGCAACUUCAGGGCUCUCUUUAUGUUAAACACAUUGUGUGUACCAUUGAUGCUGUCGAGCUAGUGAGCAUUGAAAAUAUUUAUAUAUUAAUAAUAUAUAUCUAUUAGCUAUAAAUAAUACUGAAGCCCGCACUCCCAAGAACUGUUUGAUGUAAGGUACAGAUAUUGCUAUCUCCUUUACCGUUAGCUCGCGUCUUCAUGUUUUAACUAGCUUUUGCCCGCGGCUUCGCCCGCGUGAAUUUCAUCGCAAAAUCUCAGUAUUUUUUUUAUCGUGUACUCUGUAAGACUGGUAAACAUGUAUGAUUCGAAUUCGCAUUUUUUCUAAUCUUUAGUUCAAUUUCCUGUAUCGCGCUGCGUGUCUCGUCCCGCAAACUUGUAAAAAAUCCCGCUUCCUGCUAUGUAAUGUAGAUAUCCCAUACCGUUUCCUACAUAUUGUGCCAUCAUGUUUUUCGCAAUGUGUCCAGUCCCAUUUCCCACUACGUGUCUCUUUCCGAUUUCCCGCUCUGACUCCCACUCCCGCUUUCUGCAACGCCUGCCGGCCCAUUUUCCCUGACGUUUUACGUCCUGGUUUUUUAUUAACGACAAACGUAAAUUAAACAUUUUUUGUAUUUACUAUAACUGUUAUUUACUACAAAAAGUAAGUGUGCCAAUUUUCAGCUAUUUAUCAUGAAAAUUGUAUUAAGUCCCAUACAAUCUUUCACCCCCCUUUUCAACGGUGUAGAACUUUCAUAUUUACAGUUUUUCACCCCUUGAACCACUUUGGAGAAUUUCCAAAAAUCCUCUUUUAGUGCUUACCUACAUGCAGUUUCGGGUGUACGUUGUCUGUCAGUCUGUCAGUCAGUCACUCGGUAACGGAAGAGUUUUAUAUAUAUAAUCAACGGUAUGUAUAAUCAACGGUAGGGCCAGCGCACGAAUGUAAAGAUUUUCGUUAGCGCUUUUGUUUUUCGGAUUACUUUAUAAAUUGAUCUGGCUGAAUACUAAUUUAUUUCAAAACUAAAAUGCCUAUAGCAAUCUCGGAUAAUGUAGCUUUAUAAUGGUGAAAUAUUUUUUGAAAUUGGUUUGGUAGCUUCGGAGAUUACCAGCCUCAAACAUACAAACGCUUAUCUCUUUAUAAUAUUAGUAUGGAUUUGUGAGAGAGAAACUACAACGUGAUUUAGAGAUUAAAAAGUUUUUGUGGCGCCAUCUAGUGAUUUAUUUCGGAAGUACAAUAUCAUUUUGUCUGAGCGAAACCAUAGCGCAUUUUGAAAGUCUUGAUGGCGCCAUCUAUUCAAAUCUUUAUGUUCAAAACUCAAAUAUAACAAAAUUAAAUUGAAAAUUGAUACCUUCUAAUUAUAUCUAUAUCAAACUUUCAUCGAUAAAAAAAAAAAUAUUCUGUUUAAACCUUUCUACAAAAUUUUAAAGUAAAUCGUCUCCGUGGAUUGUUAUUUUAAUUUUCCUACAGGACCCUCCUCAUUUUCCGGGAUGAAAUGUCUUUAAGAUGUUAACCCGGGAUUUCGAGGAAUUUUUGAUACAUAAUUAGGUUUUAAAUUGUCCUACGAGAACCUGACCAUUUACCGAGACGAAAUGUAUCUAAAUAUCCUACAGGACCCUCCUCAUUGUCCGGGUUGAAAUUUUCGUCAUCUCUAUCAGUAACUAAGUACGAAGAAUUAAAAAAAUAUAUCCAAUGUACAAAUUGGCCUUUCUUCAAUUUUAUUACAUGUAUUGAUAAAUUUUAUUAUAUGUAUUGAUAUACCCCUAAUAUUACAUAUGUAUCUGUAUACCUAUCAGCACGCAAGUGAGGUUGGACUACAGAUGAAAUGUUUAGCAAUACAUUGUUUUUUGGAUCCAUGGAAUUAGUAGGUAACGAAGUACUUAUUAAAUCCAUGUUUGGUUGGAUCAAAACUUAGCAGGCUCCAGUAUUACUUAUAGCUUCAUGCACCAAUAAAGCCACCCGUUACCAUGGUGCACAAAUCAACAUCAUUUGUCAUGCUUUAGAAGUCAUGUCAUUGUUUUUAAAAAAUAAAAAAUAAAAAUUGAACCGAUUCAAUGGCAAGAAUCUUACCACUGCGCCACCGAGGUCGUCAAAUACUGUGUAUCUUAUUUUAUUGCUACAUGAUAACAUCGUAGUCAUAUUCCAUAUCAAGAAUACAUAUUUUAAUAGAUAUUUUUCAUUACCUACAUAUUUUGAAUACAGUUGUAUUUACAAAAAAACAUUUUGCUCUUAAACAGCAUUUUUUCAGACUAGGUAAGAGUUUGUGACUUUGUGAGUUUGUAUGUUUGAGUCGGGUAAUCUCCGAAACUACCGAAUCGGUUUCAAAAAUUCUUUCACCAUUAGCAAGUUACAUUAUCCAAGAUUGCUAUAGGCUAUAAGCCCCGGGCAACAUCUAGUUCAUAAUAUAAAACCUGCAAACACUGUUUUUUUUAAAUAUUUUAUGUAAAACUGGUGGGUUUUAUGUAAGAUACUAUUUUGGAAGUAUUUUAGUGCAUUUUUUUAUAUAGCGCCUGUGUACUAUUUACUUCAUUAUGUUUUUUUUAUAAUAUAAAUUGGUGAUCCACCUACGAGCAAAGACCAUCUUACUAACUGACGGCUUUAAUGUUGAUUGAAAAAGAAAGAAGAAAAAAAAGAGCCAGUGUUCGAAUGAAGCAUUCUAACCUAUCUACAUAUGUACCAAGCUCUAAAAUUUAUGACGAGUCGCGAGGCGCCGUUGGCAAGGUCGCAGCUUUGCGAUACAGUGAUACACUGGCGAGCUUUUACCGACGGACCACAAACCCGCGUCUUUACUGGCCCGAGAAUGAGUGGAUAGUGCGACUUUACCAUUCGAUAUGGACUGUCGAUAUUUUUCGCAGUGAGACGCAGUGAACUAAUACGGUGUGGUUGUCGUCGCGUCGCAAUAUUAUAUUGUAGAACUUGUGAUUGGUUCGCUUCGUCUCGUUUCGAAACCUCAUCGGUCACACUGCAGCCUAGGGCGAAGUGCGGGUUUGCAUUUCUAUUCUUACCAUCGAAUGGAUUCGAAGUGAGACGCAGCGAACCAAUCACAGUAUGCCAUUGUGACGCAACGUCAACCAUACCCCAAUGUGAUUUCACUGGUUCACUGCGUCUCACUUCAAAUCGAUUCGAUGGUGAAAACUGAAAUGCAAACCCGCACUUCACCCACGAAUUGAUAGGUCACUCGCUCACUAGUUGCAAGGUAGGUAUAUUCUGUAAUUGUUAAUAUGAUUUCUUUAUGUCUCAGGAUUAUGCUUACUAUUAUAGAAAAGUAUAUUGAGUUACUCAAUUAUUUUCAAUAUUCCGCUAAAGAUUACCAUAGUACCUAUAUAGACUACAAUGUCAUAUGAGAAUAUUAGAUUAAGAGUAUGCCGGAAAGAAGCGGUCUUUCAAAAAACUUAAGUACAUUGGAUGUAAAAAUGGCGAGAUUUUAGUUUUAAUGCAAUAAAAUAAGUGUAUUUAA